AUUCUUUGUCUCCUUUUCUGAUAUUAGGAGCACCGAGUCAAUGAUUUGGAGAAGAAAUACUACAGAGAUCACCUAUUUCAUCCUGCUAGGGUUCUCAGAUUUUCCCAGAAUUAUAGCAAUACUCUUUGUCAUAUUUCUGGUGAUCUAUAUUACAUCUCUGACCUGGAACCUGAGCCUCAUUGUUUUAAUAAGGAUGGAUUCCCACCUCCAUACACCCAUGUACUUCUUUCUUAGUAAUCUGUCCUUCAUAGAUGUCUGCUAUGUCAGCUCUACAGUCCCCAAGAUGCUCUCCAACUUCUUCCAGGAGCAGCAAACUAUUACCUUCGUGAGUUGCAUUAUUCAGUACUUUAUCUUUUCAACGAUGGGACUGAGUGAGUCUUGUCUCAUGACGGCCAUGGUCUAUGACCGCUACGCUGCCAUUUGUAACCCCCUGCUCUAUGCAUCUAUCAUGUCACCCAGCCUGUGUGGUCAGAUGGUCCUAGGAGCCUACAUGGCUGGACUCACUGCUUCUUUAUCCCAAAUUGGUACUUUGCUUCAGCUCUACUUCUGUGGGCCUAAUGUCAUCAAUCACUUCUUCUGUGACAUGCCUCAACUGUUAAUCCUGUCCUGCACUGACACUUUCUUUGUACAGGUCAUGACUGUUAUAUUAGCAAUGUUCUUUGGGAUAGUAAAUGCUCUAAUUAUCAUGAUAUCCUAUGCCUAUAUUGGCAUCUCCAUCAUGAAAAUCACUUCAGCUAAAGGCAGGUCCAAGGCAUUCAACACCUGUGCUUCUCAUUUGACAGCUGUUUCUCUCUUCUAUACAUCAGGUAUCUUUGUCUAUUUGAGUUCCAGCUCCGGUAGUUCCUCCAGCUUUGACAGAUUUGCGUCAGUGUUUUACACUGUGAUUAUUCCCACGUUGAAUCCCUUGAUUUACAGUCUGAGGAACAAGGAAAUUAAAGAUGCCUUGAAGAGGUUACAGAAGAGAAGGUGCUGCUGAGGUCAUUAUUUCUGAAAGAUCUGACAGAUUUUGCCUGCCAAAAUCACC